CUUUGUUUUAGCCGCCCGUCAAAAUUUCCCUUUCAUCUCCAGAGUCACUUCUGUGCAACUCAACUCCAGCAAAGUUUAGCUGUUGUUUUCCUUGUGAUUGUGAAUUGUUGCCGCAGAGUAAAUAAUGACAAUGAACGGCCCAAUUAUUCUUUUAAAAGAAGGAACAGAAAAUAGUCAGGGGAAGCAGCAAAUAAUUAGCAACAUAAAUGCCUGUCAAAUAGUUGCUGAAGCAAUUAGGACAACAUUAGGUCCUCGUGGCAUGGAUAAAUUAAUCGUUGACAGCAAGGGAAAAACAGUUAUUUCAAAUGAUGGUGCUACAAUAUUGAAAGAAUUAGAAGUUGUACAUCCAGCUGCCAGAACAUUAGUUGACAUUGCAAAAUCUCAGGAUGCUGAGGUGGGUGAUGGGACCACAACAGUCACACUGUUAGCAGCAGAAAUUUUGAAACAAUGCAAGCCUUUAAUUGAAGAUGGUAUUCAUCCUCAGAUUAUCAUUCGGAGCCUUCGCACUGCUCUACAAAUGGCUAAAGCUAAAAUAAAUGAAAUUGCUGUUAAAGUGGAAAAAGGUGAUGAAAAGAAACAGAGGGCAUUAUUAGAAAAAUGUGCUAUGACAACAUUAAGUUCUAAAUUGAUUGCUUCUCAGAAGGAAUUUUUUGCUAAGAUUGUUGUUGAUGCUGUUAUGCAGUUAGAUGAGCUUCUUCCCCUUAAUAUGAUUGGUAUUAAGAAAGUUCAAGGAGGGGCUCUGGAGGAUUCGUUGCUUAUAUCUGGUGUUGCUUUUAAGAAAACCUUUUCCUAUGCUGGCUUUGAAAUGCAGCCGAAAAAAUAUAUUAAUCCUAAAAUAGUUUUAUUGAAUGUAGAAUUAGAAUUAAAAUCUGAAAAAGAAAAUGCUGAAAUCAGAGUUGAAAGUGCACAGGAAUAUCAAAACGUUGUGGAUGCAGAAUGGAACAUUUUAUACCGAAAAUUAGACAAAAUAGUUGAAAGUGGCGCAAAAGUAGUUCUUUCAAAGUUACCUAUUGGAGAUGUUGCCACUCAGUAUUUUGCUGAUAGAGAUAUGUUUUGUGCUGGACGAGUCCCAGAAGAUGACUUAAAGAGGACAAUGAAAGCUUGUGGUGGUGCAGUUCUUUCCACCUGUUAUGACAUAGCGGAAAAUUCUCUUGGAACUUGUGGACUAUUUGAAGAAAUUCAGAUAGGAGGAGAAAGAUUUAAUAUUUUUACUGGUUGCCCUAAUACUAAGACUGUUACUCUGAUACUGAGAGGUGGUGCUGAACAAUUUAUUGAAGAAAGUGAGAGAUCCUUACAUGACGCUAUUAUGAUAGUAAGACGAGCUUUAAAGAAUGAUAGUGUUGUUGCUGGUGGUGGAGCAAUAGAAAUGGAAUUGUCUAAAUUCUUAAGGGAUUAUUCAAGAACGGUUAAAGGGAAAGAGCAAUUAAUUAUUGGAAGUGUUGCAAAAGCAUUAGAAGUGAUUCCUAGACAAUUAUGUGAUAAUGCAGGCUUUGAUUCAACAAACAUUCUGAAUAUGUUAAGGCAAAAGCAUGCCACAGGUGGUAUUUGGUAUGGUGUUGAUAUCCACAAUGAAGAUAUUGCAGAUAAUUUUGAGGCUUGUGUUUGGGAGCCUGCUGUUGUCAAAAUUAAUGCACUUACAGCAGCAACAGAAGCUGCUUGCCUUAUAGUAUCACUUGAUGAGACGAUUAAGAAUCCCAAAUCUAAUGUUGAUCCACCAGGUCCUAUGCCAGGUAGAGGAAGAGGACGGCCUUUUUAAAAUAACUCAUAAAUAGAAACUGUUGUUUUGUACACUAACAUUGCUAUUACACUUUGCUGUGCACAGUUGCCCUGUGAUGUUUCAUUUCAUCAUAUACUGUGAAUAAUCAAGCUUCCAAUGUCUGACCAUCUAUUAGAAAUAUUGAGUAUUUGUAAUGGAUUAUCCUUUUUUCAUUUUCAUUGUGGGCCCAUUAUCUUAAUAAAAUAUUUUAUUGCAA